AUGGAAAAGCUGAAUAAUAUUCGUAGUGUUCCGAGAAGCAAGGAUUCUUCGAAAAAAGGGGGAGAACCGAAGGUGAAUAUUAAAUACCCUUAUCAGACAGGCUUCCUGGAGAAAACAUAUGAUGUUGAUAGAGUUGUGCUUGAAAAGAAGAAGCUUUCUGAAAAGAUGAAGGAUAUGAAAGAAGUUAAAACUGGUCGGAAGGUUAAUAUAACUUUUGAAUUAGGUAAAGAAAAUAUAAAUAUUGUUACAGAGGAGGUUUCUGAAUUAAAUCCUCACAUGACUAAGAAGGAAAAGAUUGAGAAAGAAAAGAGAGACAAGGAUCUAGAUGAGCUUAAUGCCUUAAAGGUGAAAUUGGAUGCUGAAGAUGCUGAGCUCAAGAAUGCUAAACAAAUUCUUGCAAGCAAUAAAUCAUUAUUUCCUUAA